AUGGUUUCAGAAUCUCUCAUUUCUGUUUCAUCAACUGGGAAAAAUUACGAUAAAAGAUUUGCUGAGAAAAUCAAGAAUGCACCGAAGGAUACUUUUUAUUUAUGUAACUUUUACUUUUUCUUCAUGGGAUUCAUGACAUUGAUGCCAUUGGUGUUCAUCGGAACAGCAUUUAAUUAUUGGAUGUUUAAGUUCAGGAAUACAACUGCACCAGCACAUGACCCAAGCAGAACGUCAUUGCAAUCUCUUUACGAGUCAUCAUCAAGAAUUGCCUCUUCAAUACCAUCUGUAAUAUUCACUAUCGUAGGUUCAAUUUAUGCGGGAAGGCUUAACCCACAAAAAUGUAUUUUGUCCGCGUUGACUGUCAUCCUUUCGAUUUUCGUGAUUCUUUCAUUGUUCACUCAAAUUGACACAGACUCAUGGCAGACGGAAUUUUUUGCCUUGGCGAUGAUACUGACAGGACUGAAUAGCGCCACAGUUGCCAUCUACCAAAUGUUUUCGAUGGUGUUACUGACGAAGUUUCCCAGUAAGUUCCUGAAUCUAUUUCUGUUGGGAACAGGUGGAGGAAUUCUGACAGACUUCAUUCAGAUUAUUUCUAUAUCCGUCACCGACUCAGACAUAGAUGGAGCACUUAUUUAUUUUUUAACGGGAACUUUUAUGGUAGUGGCACAAAUUUUAUUGACUUUAGGAAUGAAAUACAUUAAGUUAUAUACCUAUUAUUCGGAAGACAGCGUAGAAGAUCAAAAAAGGAAAGAUAAAAAAUUUUCUUGGUCAGAAGUGAAAGAAGUUGCGAAGGAUGUAUGGCCUCCUGGUGUUAUUCUAUUUAUGGUACUGUUUGCAAUGACUUGCGUUCAUCCUUCAGUUACAAGCUUAGUGAUAUCUCAAUAUUAUAUGGAUGGUACUUGGGGAAGUGAGUACUUUAUUUCCAUCAGUGGCAAUAAUUUUAUUCAUCAAUCACUAGAAAUCUUUCAUAUUCAGGUGUGA